AUGCCCGAAAACAUGUCUUACCACUUGGAGAGCCACAUGGACGAUCAGUCUACCAGUAUGGGUGGAGAAUCUGACAGAGAGCCAACAGUGGUCAACGCCGUGGACGAAGAGUAUUUUUCUCGAUGCUAUUGGUCCGGCAAAGUCUUCGUACAUUACAUUCUUUCCGAUGUAGUGUUUCGUACUUCUCCAUCCUCGUGGCGCGGUACUCAGCUCGAGGCCGAGCUUGCGCAAGCAGUCAUUGAUUUUCCUUACGCAGACUGUGUGGAGCAGCUUGAUGCCUUGCGACCCAUCGAUGUUCCCAGUCACGGCUCGAGCCCCUAUCGAGGCGGCCACUGGGCUUUCAUGGCCAAGUUAGGAGCACUACUGGAUCGUGAGCCCGAAACAAGAGCGAAGCUGGUCCACUUGAUCCAAAGUCGCGGAGGCACUGUUCACGUUAACCUGGGCCCUUCUCAAACAUCUCCUCCUUCUCCACCUGAGAGCGAGAGCUCCUUGGAGGCUGGCGAAGGAAACAGAAUGGCAAUGUAUACGAUGAAACUGAACGAGUGGUGUAUGCAGAGAGGCAAGAACAUGAGUUACGAUGACGAACAGCUGUCAGUCGAUCCUCCACAAUGGCAGGUCAAUGUGAGAAUCGAAGGAGCCAUCUUCACAGGCAGGGCAAAGAAGAAGGCAAAUGCCAGGCAGAUUGCGUCCAAGCAGGCAUGCAAGGAGCUUGGGAUUAAGGUCUGA